AGAACACCGGCGGCGGCGGUGCGGCAGCGGCGGGGUUAGGAGCAUUGGGUCCGGGCAGCUCCAGAAAUUCCUAACCUAUCCAGCAUGGCUGAAAGUAGCGGGUCUUUCAGGUCAUCUAAAAACAACCACAAUACCCUGCUGUGCAAGAAGGAGCCUGCGCACAAGCACAAUGGUGUCUCUUUCACAAAACCAUACGGCAGUGAAAAAUGCAAUGUAAAGAGGCUGCUGGAGCAGGAGGAGGGUGUAGAUGAUUGGAGGAGCUCAGUGGAGUGGUUGGAGGAGUGCAGUUUGAACAGUUAUGGACUUACUCUCACCCACCUCUUUUCUCACUGUUCCACAGCUGCUACUUCUUCAAGAGAUGAUGGGGUGUCCACACAGCUGGAGAUCGACUCAAAGAAACUUUUUGAGACACAGCUUUACCAAGUGACUGACCUGUACCACAGCAGAAUACAGUGGCUAAAUCAAGGCAGCAGGAAGAUGUUUGGGAUAGUGAAAGGAUCCAGACUUGGAGUUCUUAUCGAUGUAUCUGAUGUGAACUGCUCUGAAGAGAGGCUGGAGGACCUACAGCACCACCUCCUGCUUCUGAUUGAGGAACAGUUUAGAAUGAAGAAGGUUCUGCACUUCAUGUCCUUUGGCACAGAGCUCAGCAGCUUGUGGACUGGACCUAAAGAAGUCACUCCACUGAGGCUAAAGGAAUCACAGCAGUGGGUUCUGCAGCUGGAACCGAGUGGAAGCUGUAACCUGCUGCAGGCUUUAAAAACAGCCUGCAGUCACACACAGCUCGACUCCCUGCUCAUCAUCUUGGGCUCCUGUCCUGACCAGGAUACAGAUAGUAUUUUUAACUACAUGACCCAAGAAGUGCAGGAAAAAGUAACUUCUAUCCAUGUGGUGGCCUACAACACCUGUAAUCAAGUUGCUAUUGAAAAUGUCAAAAACAUUGCUAAAGUCACAGAGGGAAGAUAUCACCUUUUUUCUGCUGCACUGGGUGUUGUGGACAGCAGUAGUGACUUGGAGCCUCUGUGGGCUGAGAUUAAAUCUGCUAGAGAUGUUCUUGACCACAUUCACUGCAUGAGCCAUGGGCAGCUUGAAGAUUUGACCGUCCCUGUUAUGUCUGAGAUCUCAGAGGAUUUGGAUUGUCUGUCCCUGUCCGAUUUGAAGUCAGAUCCACACGAUGGCAGUGCUGCUCUGUGCAUCCAACCCCCAACUCUUCUGCCCACCACCUCUGCUGAGUGGCUGAAAACCAAUGGCAUGAAAGCCAAGAAGCUCAGCCUGUACCAGGUCCUGGCUCCCAAUGUUUACUCCCCAAAGGAGAGCUUUGUUCCCAUCCUGAGAAAGACAGUCCACUCAACAGUGCAUGAGAAAGCCAUGGUCCAGUUUGAGUGGCAUGAUGGCACAGUGAAGAACGUACAUGUUGACCUGCCCCUGCUGCAGAAUUACCAGAAGCGUCUGCUGGAGGCUGAGCAGGUGUUGGAGGACAGAGCAGCGUGGUUGAGCAGUACUGGCAGCAGGCAGAUUUGGGGAGCAGUGUGUGAACAGAGAGUCCACGUUCUCCUGGACAUGUCUGCGAUGAACAACCACUACCAGCUGCACAUCCAGCACGCAGUCCGUCUGCUGCUGCAGGAGCAACUGCCCAGCACACACAGCUUCAACAUCACAGCUUUUGGAUCAGACAUAAAACAAUGGAAGGAGCAAAUGGUCCCCCCUACCAGCGAAAACCUUCAGGAUGUCUGGCAGUGGAUUCAGGGUCUAGAAUGUGGAGGAGACCGUUACACGUUAGCAGCUAUUCUACAUGCAGCAGAGGCAGAAUUAAGCACUGAUUCCUCUCUGACCUCAGGAGUUUAUCUCUUCACCACUGGAAUGCCGGACCAGGACCCUGUGACAGUCUCUACAUACAUGUCAGAAGUCUGUAAUAAUCCACGUCUGAAGAUCCAUGUGAUUCUUUUUGCUGGAGAGAACAUGCUGGCUCGUUCCCUGACACCUCGCUACGUGACCUGGGCUGAGACGGCUCAGGUGCUGCGGGGUCUUGCACAUGCGAGCAAAGGCCGCUUCCACUGGAUAACUGACACAGGUAUAGUGGAGAGUGAUGACGUCAUUGCCCUAAUUGGAGAAAUGGAGACGGCUGCUAAUUACUGGCAGAAGUGCUGUGAGUUACUGGAUUCUCUGGUUCAGAGGAGCUCCAGCAGAAUGGAUGCAGAAGAGGCCCAAUCUCAAGAGUGCUGUAACCCAGUCCAGUGCUCCCAGACUUGGACGCGAGGGCACAAACUGCCCCCUCCGAGACCCACACAGCUGAGCUUGGCCAGGCUGGAGAGUAAGGAGGGGAAGAGAUCACAAACAUGGAGACCAAGCAGUGCUAAAGCAGUCAUUCCUCCAGCACAUCCAGUGGACAGUUGGAAACCAGCCAGGCAAGUAAACUCUGCCAAACAGAGGAAGACCAAAAUAACACAAUCUGUUUUCUACUUGGAAGACGGCAACCUGGGGACAGUUUUUAAGAAAUAUCUAAAGCCCAAGAGUGUUCAGAAGUAUAUCAGCACCGUUACAAUUCCUAAACAGGAGGACAUCUGCUCCACCAAACAGUGGCUAAAAUCGUUUGGUAUUAGGAGUCAGAAACUUGAUCUGCACAAGUUAGUGUCUGGACCUGAAUGCACUCAUCGCAAGAAACUGGUGCGGACUGUACACAAGAGCGUAUCUGCAAAGUACUGCGCCAUUUUUCCUAGUGUACAAGUAAAUGGAAGUGUGCGACAUCUUCUUCUGAGCCCGGCUGAGUUAAAGCAGUACCUGAUUCAGGUGGAGAAAGUUCUGCAGCGCUAUGCUCAGAGGAUGCAGUGGCUGCUCUCAGGCAGCAGGCGUGUGUUCGGCUGUGUCGUGGAGAGGGCUGUAUGUGUUGUGCUGGACGUGUCCGGCUCCAUGGCCCCCUGUGUGCCCGAGCUGCAGAAGGAGCUAGCCUCACUGAUCUGGGAGCAGCUGCAUGCUAACAGUGUGAGGUUUAGCAUGGUGGCGUUCUCUGGAGAGGUGCGAGUGUGGCAGGUGGAGCUGGUGGAGGCCUCAGAGGAGCGGUGUAAAGAGGCUGUACAGUGGCUGGGUCAGCUCAGCACCCAUGGGGGCACCUCCAGCCUUCAGGCCUUGCAGGCGGGGUGUGCGUUUGGAGAUUCGUUGGGUGUGUAUCUGAUCACUGAUGGUAGGAAUGACUGCAGCUGCAGCCUUGUGUUGAAGGAGGCUGAAAGACUGACCGCUGGGAAACACAUCACUAUUCACACCAUCGCUUUCAACUGCCAGGACAGAACAGCCAAGGAGUUUCUGAGGAAGCUGGCCCAUAAAACUGGAGGCCGAUUCCACGAGGCACCCUCAGAAUCUCACACAGCUGCAGCCAGCGAACUCCUUACCAGCAGCUUCAGUGUAGGGGAGGAUUCAGAGCUUCCAUCAUUUGAAGGCGAUGAUCUAAGGAGGCUGAGUGAAGAGAUGGAAAAGUUGAGGAUGUUUCAGAAGCAAGCCAGAGCAUUCAGGGAGAUUUUAUUAUCGAAGAAUCCAGAAGCAGAAUAACUGUGAGAACGACAAAAGGACAAACCGAUAAAAACAGCUUCAUAUUUUUUUCAUAUUUUUGGACUGCAGCAAAUUUGAAAGUUUACGGCCUGGAUACUUUGUGUGUCCUAAGUAUCAAGAUUAUACUUGGAUAAGACCAAACCACAUACUAAUAUACAAGUUUAAACACACCCAGAACACAUUUGUAACAACAGUAAUUAAAAAGCCCAUUGGUCAGCUGGUCCGAGACAAAUUUAAGCCAAAUGUUAUACCAGUUAUUUUUUAUUAUUUUAUCUCUUUUUCUCCCCAAUUUGAAAGGCCAAAUACCCAACCCGCUCAUUAGUCUUUCCUAUCAUUAGUAAUGCACCCAGCACUAGGUUGUUGGAGGCCAGCACAUGCCUCCUCUGAUACAUGUGAACUCAGACUCCGGUUCUACCCAAAUUGGAAAAGCGCAGCGCAGCAACCCAGCUCUGUUACAUCAGCUAACAGACACAUGUGCUAACCAACUUAACAUAGGAUCAAAGAGGGGAGAGAGUGACAUCAACCCACUCACCCACAGAGCACAACCAAUUGUGCUCUCUCGGACUCCGGCUGCUGAUGGUAAACAGCAUGAUCCAGGAUGCAAACCAACAGUCCUCGGAUCAGAGUCUCAUAGCCUUAUUUCACUGGAUCACAAGCUUUUUUUAAAUAAAUGUUACUCUUGCAGA